AUGACUUCUGUCACUGCUUCAAAGCCCUACCCCCCGGGCAUCCAUGUCCCCAGUUUGACAUGGUUCCAAGGCACGAAGGAGCAAGAAAUCGACUGGGAUGUCCAGUCAAAACACUUGGAGUUUCUUGUCAAGUCUGGCCUUCAUGGAAUCGUUCUGGCUGGUACCAAUGGAGAGGCCGUCACUCUGAGCCACAGCGAAAAGAGCGAGCUCGUGCGCCGCACGCGUGAGAUGGCCAUCAAGGCUGGUCGUCCUGACCUAACCAUCACUCUUGGCUGCGGAGGCCAAUGCACACGCGACGUCAUUGCCGAAACUCGACUCGCCAAGGAUGCAGGUGCUGACUAUGUGCUUGUGCUGACCCCAAGUUACUUCCACUUCGCCAUGAACCAGGAUGCGAUUGUGUCCUUCUUCCAAGAGCUUGCUGAUGCCAGCCCCCUACCCAUCGUCAUCUACAACUUCCCCGGUGUUGUUGCGGGACUUGACCUGAAUUCGGAGAUGUUGGAGACUCUUGGCAAGCACCCCAACAUCGUUGGAGUCAAGCUCACAUGUGGUGGUAUUGCCAAGGUAGCCCGUGUCCGCGCUGCAUUCGAACCAGAGCAGUUCAGCGCCCUGGCUGGACAGAGUGACUGGCUCACUCCUGCCCUUGCCGUGGGAGGUACGGGUGUCAUUACCGGCAUUGCCAACCUCUUCCCCAAGUACUGCAUUGAGAUCUACGACCUGUUCCUUGCUGGUAAGACCAAGGAGGCUGAAGCUGCCCAGCUCAAGCUGGCCAAGAUGGAGUGGGGUUUUGCUAAAGGAGGUAUCAACGGCACAAAGUGGGUGACGGCCAAGAUCCUAGGAUAUCCUUUGGAGAGCUGCCACUGCCGACGACCUUAUCCUCAAUACGUUGAUGCUGCCAAGCAAGACUGGAUCCUAGCCACUUGCAGUAUCCUGAUCGAGGAUGAGGCCCAGCUGAACGCAAGAAAUUGA